AUGAGUGAUUUGAUAGCGGACGACGACAAGGCAGUCCACUCGCUCUCUUCAACAGACCUUUUGAAAUUCUUGCAGCUAUAUCUUGAUGUUGGUGCUGUCAAUCGCUUCCAGGCUCUCCUUCUCCUCUGCCAUCCCGCUGUGGAUUUCGUUUACCUCAUUCCCCAACUGGCGGAACAAAUCCGAAAGUCGGAACCUGUCGUCGCUGGAUUAUUUCUCCCCGCUUUCGAACUCUUCGCUCGACGAACGCUGAAAAGCUUAGCGACGACACUCCGUGAAUGCAGGAAAACGGACCUCAAGCAACUGCUGACAUUUGGCUGUCCAUCGGACGACCAGGAACUGCCUAAAACAUGCGAGCAUGGCUGUGUCGAAGUUCGCAAGUUCUUGAUAGAGAAGGGGGCAUAUCCGGGACUGCCAAUUUCACUACGAGAAUCGCCUACUCUGCUCAUUAACCGCAAAAAUGAGUCAAGGAAACAUGUCGAAACAUAUCUGGAGCAUUUGAGGCUAGCGUGCACCAGGGAUUCGUUGUUGACUUGGAGGACCGAUGUAAGCGGAAGCCCUCACACACUCGUUAUAACCAAGGCUUCCGACCCGUUUUGGAGUCUCGCGACGCAGAUUCCUCGUGCUCAAGGAUACCUCUCAGCUCUUGGCUCUCUUGACGCACAAAAGCGCAUUCUUGACAACGAUUACGCUUUCAUCGCACGCGAGAUCAACAAGGCGUCAUGGCCAAACCCAGGCUCCCAAAUGACACUUGGUACCGGUUCUCCUGCCAGUGGAUAUCCUACUGCGAGCAAGCGACUAGGAAGUGUGGUGGCAUCUGACGAGGAGGGCUCGGCCGCGAAAAGGGCCAGGUCCGAGUCUGAGGCGCUGUCUUCGAUUGACACCGACAAUGACUCGGACUGUAAUAGUGACGAGGAUUGGCGACCUUCGCGCUCUAGGCUCCAUUGCCAGUGA